UUGUGUGACCUAAAUGAAGCAGUUUGUCGUCUCGUAAUGCAGGCACUGAUCGGUCUCGCUCGUCGCAUUCUUACCAGUUUGCCAGAGACAUGGAGGCCUCGAGUCUCUAUUCAACUGCUUCCUCUAGAACACGUGAUAAUCGGUGGGCCUGCUUCUUAUUUACCUAGACUUAGAGCACUCUCAUUAGCCGUCUACACCGAAGUUAGUCGGUACAUCCGACCUAGCUUGAUUAACGCCAACCGCACCCUGACUGGCCUCGGACCAGCAGCAGAGAAGGAGCAUAUUUCGCGAACUAUGGAGGAUUGGCACGCACGUCGCAUCUAUUCUCCACCAUACGCACUGGCAAGUUCCCGCGACCUAUGGGGUCAGUGGGACCUUCCUCCAUCAGAACCGCUCGAUCGCUCGGCUGUGCUUUUUGUCGCCUAUUGUCUAUCACCAGACCAACAGUGGUUGUUGGCGAGCUGUACAGAUGAGCAGGGCCACAUGCUUGAACAAAUUUGCAUCAACCUACGAUUGCCUCAAGGUCUUCUUUUUGAUCUGGCUACACGUCGUUUUCACACCACGCCUGGAAAUUCAGCAUCUAGCCAUCCGGCUGGGGCCUCCGGUGUCGGACUCGGACUUGAUUUUGGUCUAGGUCCUGGUGGCAUAGGAUCAAGACGCGACUUCAAAAAACUUUUAAGUUCAGAGAGCAGCGUUUUGGGUCGUGAACAUGCAGAUGCCAGCAGGCGACUCGGUUUGGCAAUUAGCCCGCGACGCCUUGGAUUGGCGCGCCUAUGGGAUUUCAUCCUAAGCCUGAUUGGACAGAGUUCAAACCCAUGGCGGCUGGUGAUUGGCCGUUUGGGGCGACUAGGACACGGCGAACUAAAAGGCACGAAAUUCGUUGCAUUUUUCUCUAAUUACUUGCUCUCUUGCACAUUCAUUGCAAUAAAUUUUUGUUUUUCCAAAUUGUAUUGA